AUGCCCGCCAUGGGUGAUCUCGCCGAGUACCUCACGUCAAACGACCCCUCCUUCCGAAAAGCCCGUCUUCCAGCCCUCUACUCCGACUUUCGCUCCCAGCGCACCCCCAACCCAGACGGCUACACCGCCAACCUCUCGGCCUGGCGCGCCGCCCUCGCCCGCCUCGCCUGGGACGCCCAGCUCCCCGACCCCGCCACCUCUACCACCCCGCCGCGCCUCCUCCUAACCGUCGACGACUCGCUCCCCGCCCAUCUCCAGAGCCGCCAGUUCGGCCGCCCGCUGGCCCUCGGCACCGUGGUCCGCGAGGCCCUCGAAAACGGCGACCUCGUGCCCGUGCCCGACUUUCUCGCGCGAAAAGAGACCAUCUACGCCAAGACGGCCGGCUGGGGCGCCGUGCCCUGGAGCGUCGCCUCCUGGGCCGCACGGCAGCUGGGGUUCGGCAGCGGCGGCGGCACGUCGACGGCCGAGGACAAGAUGCCCAAGGGCACGUACGUCGUGCUGCCGAACCUCGAAAAGGCGGGGGGUCUCGUGGCCGAACAGGCGGCCGCGCGGGCGAGCGACACGCGCUUCGAGCGGACGUUUACGCGGCGCCACUUCGAGCGGGCGUGCGUAGCCGACCUGGCCGUCGCGGGGCAGAAGGACAGGGCGCUCGCGGGGCGCGACGUCGACGUGCUGCUGCGCUUCCUCGCCCGGGACAAGGGCCUCGUGGCGAGCGACGGCCAGACGGUGCGCAUCCGCGUCGAGGGCGAGGACGCCGCCGUCACGGAGGAGGACGCCGCCGUCGCGCAGCUCAAGGAGCUCGUCGAGGACCUCAAGCACCAGACGACGCUGCUGGCGGCGCGCGUCGACACGCUGGCGGCCGACGCCAAGGCGGCUGUCGGCAAGAGGAACAACGCCGCCGCCAUGCGGCUGCUGCGCGAGAAGAAGACGGCCGAGGCGACGCUGGGCAAGCGCGGCGCGGCGCUGCUGCAGAUGGAGGAGAUUGCCGCGAGGAUACAGCAGGCGCGGGACCAGGUCCACAAUGACUAG